AGAAACUUGUGGCCUUCCUUGUCAGCCCUCACUCUCAGAUUCUCAGAUAAUUCAUGCCCAUUGCUAUUGCUAUGGGUCACCCCCUUUGUGUAUUUGCUCCUCUCUUUAUAGGCCCCACCCUCUCCCCUUUGCCUUAGCUACCUUCUUCCCUUCCCUUCCCUUCUCUCUCCCCUCAAUCAUUUCAGCUCUCUCGCAAAGAAAUUAAAGCCCACCCACCGCCGCUCUCCUUUGUUUCUCUCUUCUCCAUGGAGAAGAAUGAAAGGGAAACUCAUGACUUUAUGACCAUUGAAUCCUUCUCUCAGCUUCCCUUUAUCCGUCCUGCCCCUACCAAAGAAAAGGGUACCCUUCGUUUGUUCGGGAAAGAAUUCAGUGGUGCCGACUCAGCUGGGAACAACGAAGAUACAAGCAAGGAGAACGAGAACGGAGAAAACAGCAGAAGGUUUGAGUGUCACUAUUGCUGUAGAAACUUCCCGUCUUCCCAAGCUUUGGGUGGUCACCAAAACGCCCACAAAAGGGAACGUCAACACGCCAAACGAGCUCAUCUUCAGUCAGCAAUGGUGCAAAGCUCUCUAUCUGAUGCUCAUAUGUACGGUCUCGUUAACUACAGGCUAGGCUCAGCUCCAAACCCAGAUAUGGCGACUUAUCCUUCGUGGAACAAUAACAUUAGCAGUAGUAGCAGUAGGUUUUAUGGGAGCCAAAGCUCUUUUUCUCACCCACCCAUCAAUGGUAGCCCAUUAGGGUUAUGGAGAAUCCCUGCUACGGUUCAAAGUAACUCAUCUAAUUUCUACCGCGACCUUUCAUCACCAUUAUCGUCGCAUCCGUCGCCAUUUUUUGCUGCUGAUGAAUUGAACCCAUCGCAGGUUGUUGGUGUUGGUGGUGGUGGUUCAAGUUCCCAGAGUCGGUACGUUUAUGAAUCAAAGCCUAGCGUACAAGAUCAUUUGCGAUCUAUCUUCUUCCCCGUUUCUGAAACUUUCACACGUGUGGUGAAUAUUGUUUUCGAUGUGGCUAUCAGUGAGAGGAGCACAUGAACAAACACUGUAGCUACACGUGUACGUAAAUCUAUAUGUUGUCUGUCUGAGAACAGGUGAAGAGGUUGAUGGAAAGAGAAAGUGAAGGGUAAACUGUUAAUAACAUAAGGGUCUUUCCUUGCAUGAAAUGCCAUGAAAAUGAGUCAUAUCUUUGUGUUCUUCAUGGCAUUUUCAGUGUAGGAUAGACAUAGGACAUUUGUUGGCGAAAAUUUAUUACAAUGUUCAUUUCCUUUCUGGUCCUGCAGAUAGUAUUUAAUCAGAAUACAAUAUAUAU